AAUUUAUAUACUAAGAUGUCUAUUUUCUUCAUCCAAAUAAAUAGACCUGUCAAUUUCCUCUUGUUUUGUUUUUCUCUAUUAUUUUUACAUCCAUUACUUCUCUGGAGUCAUAGUCAACGAUGUUGUUUAAAAAGACAGUCUUAUUAUUGGCGUACGUAGGCUAUGCUUAUGCUGCUCCGUUACAAGCGAAUCAAACUGACACUACUCACUGGACAGGAAAAGAACUGGAACUAUACAACUUAUUGAACCAAUCAUUUGAACCUAACACUGGCGCCAGUUUCCACAAGGAUAAUACAAGUCUAUCUGGGUAUGAAAAAGAUGGAGAUGUGCAAGCUUACUUUGUGAACUGUAGCCCGGAAUGGAUCGACAAGGCUUGGGACUUCACCAUCAAGAUUUGGGAAAAAUGGGGAAAUGCAGAUAGAGAAAAUGCCAAAUCAUGUGUCAAACAAAUGAUCAAUUUAGUUAAAAAUCGAUGUGGAUCUAAUGUUUACAUAGCAUCCACCGGUACCUGCUAUUGUGGUGCUUUCUUUGGUGACAAAGUGAAUGGCCCUGGUGUAGCUGAUGGUGCCAUGGAAGAAGUCGUCAACAACCUUGAUAAGCUUGGUAUGUCAAAAACUGGGUAUGUAGUUGAAGCGAAUAUUGGAUCCAGGAAAGACGAAAGAUUUGGUGUGGCUAUAAAUUGCGCUAACGGUCAAGGAUGGGUAUCUGAUAAAAUAGCUGCUUUCAGUGCUGAUCAUGAAACAACUGGUUUCAGUCAAUCUACUUUUGCCAAUUGGUACGGUGCUAUCACUAGACCUAAUGCUUAGACGUCCUGUAAUUGUUAGCUUGUUAGCUCUUAACAAAAAAAAAGAAACCAUAUUAUCUCCAUGUCUAUCUUUUUUUUUAUCUUUUUGUUAUCAAAUAAAUAAUUAACAUCUAUCGUAGAUAUUUCUAAUGAAGCUUGAUAGUAAUAGUGACCUUUUCAAAUAAAUAUGUACUGG